AAAUACAUAGCUGGUACUUGGUAUAAACAGGUUUGGUAGCAUAAUUCGUCAAGAAUUGGCUUCUGAAUACUGAAUAAACUAACCUUUUUUAAAAGUGCAUAAUUUCCAUAAAUGUUUCAUCUCAUUUCUUGUUCAUUACAAAGGAUCUUAAGUUUAACGUAGCAUUACUAACCUUCAACUCGAUGAUAAUGACCCAAGAAUUACUGAAAGAGUCGAGAAAUACGAAUGUUCGUGACCUUCCUCCGAUUGUGCGAUAAAUAUAGGGGGAGGGAGGUUAGCAACCAUGUAAAAGCCCGGUGGGCUGGGGUGUCAUUAAACUUUCGCGUUAGAAACUGAUUUUAAAACGACUUUGACUUCGCGAGAAAACAAAAAUUUUAGUUGCUGAGAAAUAGCCAGGUCUAUGUUCAGUCAAAAAUACAGGACUAAAUGAAAAGGAUUCCGGACUAGUAUGAUAAGUGAAAACUAAGUGGGGAGGGGUGCGCUGGUGGUAAUUUUGUGGAGAGAAAACUGGGGAACAGAAAGUAACGGACAUUUCGCGAAUACUAAUGGCGGGAAAUCACUGGUCCAUUCAUUCUUCAAAACCACGCUGUUUAUUUAAUACGGUAACCGAUUUUAACUGCGAGACUGACCGUGUCGUAGCUUAAAAUCACUUUAUAAAGCUGCUCCCCUGGGUAGCUUGGUAUAGAUCAAGUAAUGUCCUCGGAAUUUGCGAUUUCAGGGCAGCUUUUGAGCGCCGGACGGGAACAAAUGUUUGCAAACAACUGUUUGAAAAGAAAGCUCGAAGUCGCUGGGAGAAAUGGCUUCUCGGCUACAGAAGACCACGACAUGAGAUUCCAAGAUCACGAUUGUAGUCUUAAGAGCGAGAAAAGACAGCGAUUUUCCGACUACUCAGACUCCAUCGGUGACGCAAACACACAAGAAAUGUGCACAAUUAAUCACGUCUCGAACGUCAACAAUGGCGGUAUAUGCACAAGUAAUGAUCAUGAUGGAAACUGCAUUGGAGCUGAUUCUUUACUGCAAAAUAAUUUAGAAUGUCACAUACCAGACGGAGACGAAGAAACCGUAGAAAUGGACUUCGAAUCUCAGAGUGUUGAUACAAAUGGUUGCCCGCCAAAUUUGAAAGAUGAAAGCAUUUCGCCGGCGAGGGAAUUUUUACAGAAACACAGGCCUGAGUAUCAAAUGCAUUGUAUUCCAUCGUACUGCCACCCAGGGGGACUAUGGGAUGUCAUGCUGGAGGUGUAUCAUGGUCUGUAGAAUAGUUGUUGGAUCUAAAUUUCCAUGACUACAGGUAUCAUGGCAGAACAAUGUACAUGAGGUAACUAACAAAGGAGAAAGAAAGAAAAUUGAA